AUGGAAACACCAUUAUCACCAGUUCAAGAUUCCAAUCUUAACAUCCAAACACCAGCUACCACCAAACGGUACGACAACUUCGAAGUCUCCGCACCUGCUGAAACACAUAUCGAGCCUUUCCAAGGGUCCUCUCCCUUUGUGUCAGCCAUCAACGACUCUGCCCUUUCCGAUCAAGAGAACCGUUCUCCUUCAAAGGCACGGCAUUCUAGAAUCCUUUCAGGGGCGACUCUUUCACCGCUCAAAAUCCUCGCUGACCAGCAAGAGGCAAGGGACGGAAGACCAACUGAUAGAGUUGCUACCGGUUCCCGUAGCCCUCGCAAACUAUCCCCCGAGAAACGUUUCCCUGUUAAGAUCAGCAACUCUCUCGACACAUCACGCACCUCCCGCGAGAGUACAAUGAGCUUGGAGGACGCUGUGCGACAAAACGAAGGUCUCAAGCGCGCAAUUGAGAUCUUUGAAGACGAGCAAAGCGUGCUAGAAGACGGCCAAGACAAAAUGGACGUCUCUACUGGUAGUGCCAACAUGAACCCUGAAGGCGAAAUGGAGGUCGAUGAGUCUGUGUAUCCUGACGAUUCAAUGGUCAGCACAUUCAGCACAUUCUCAGCUGUGCCAAACCUCACCAUGUUCGCCAAACUUGGCCAAAGCCCUACCAAAUUGUCUGAUAUGGGUGGCCUCACCCCUCGCGCCAAAACAAAAGCCGAUCCUUCACCAUCACGAACGCCGCAAACUAGAACAAAAAAUGAUUCAGGAAACACAACAAGCCUGUUGGACUUUACUGACAGCCUUCGCUUCCCUCAAAAGACACCUUCUAGAGGCGGACUGUCUCCAUCCCGAACGGCUCCCAAUGUGGCUGCAACUCCUUCUCGUGGCUUUGCCAACCUCAUCGACUUUGAUAUCCCUCCUAUGCCCACACCACGCAGCAUCCCCAGUAUCACUGCUCGAGAACUCGAGUCCCUUAAGUCAAACUUCCUGUCUGAGAUCAGCUCACUCAAGGCUUCGUUGAGCGGUAAGGAAGCUGAAGUGCAAUCACUAAAAGCUGCAGUUGGUGAUGCGGAGAAGCGUGUGGGCGAAUCUCAAGAGCAGCUUCGCGAAGAACAGACUAUUAAAGAGCAGCUUACAGCUGAAAAGGAAGGAUGGGAGAACCGCGGACGCGAAAUGGAGAGUGUCUUGCGAAAGGUCAAGGAAGAGAUUGUGGAAAGCCAGCGAGAACAAGAAGAGCUAGAACAGAAGUUGGAGGAGAGUGAGAAGAGACGUGAAGCAGCCGAGAUGUUGCACCAAGAGGCGGAGAGCAAGAUCGCUGGAAUGCGCGCUGGAAAAGAUACUGAGAAGUCUUCACCCGAGAAGCCUAAGAGCGCAAGCGAUACCAACCACGAAGUUGAAAUCGCUGUUGAGCGUGUAGCCCGUGAACUACAUGCGCUGUACAAGAGCAAGCACGAGUCCAAGGUCACUGCUCUGAAGAAGUCGUACGAAACCCGAUGGGAGAAGCGUGUGCAUGAGCUCGAAAGCAAAAUCUCGGAACUUGUGGAGGAGAACGAGCGCCUAAGGGCCAGCCAGGACACAACCAUGUUCAGGGCUGACAGUGCCGAGGUCGAAGAACGCAAGGCCCAAGCAGUCCGAGACAGUGCAACAAUCAAGGAGCUCAAUGCCGACAUCCAACGGCUCGAGGCUGUUGUACAAACGGUGCAGCUUGAUAACGAGUCACUUCGCAGCAUGCUUGAGCGGGAACGUGUUGAGAAGGGUGAGCUUGUGCAACUCGCUGAGGAGAUGAUGAGCAUGCAGAGCUUUGUCGCCCAGACACCUAAGCCUGAGCCCCAGCAGCAAAUUCAACGACCUCAAUCUGUAUCCCGUAACCCUCAUGAGAGGCAACACGAGAGAGAGCCGGAGGCCAAGACUCCUAAGCGAAGUGCGGACCACUUUAGAAGCAGCGUCAGCCGCGCUUCUGGACUGCGUGCACCUGGCUCUGGUCUUCGAGCACCUCAUGAGCGAACAAAGAGCGCAGGUGGACUACCUCGCCCUGGUGGCGCUCGCAGCGGUAUUAUGAGCUCCAUCGAAAAGAUGGGCAACUAUCGGGGACGUGGAGGCGAAUAG